UUUUGUGGGUGUUCGUCGCUGCUGGUAGCACUGCAGGGUUCAGGUUGUUCCCUUGAAGCAGGGAGUGGCUCAGAGAGGGUGUGAGAUCCUGAGGGAUGAGUGAUGUGCUGGAAUUACCCAAGAAAUUCUCCCAGUGGUGGCUCAUUGCUGUCUGAAAUCCUGCUGCUCUGUGGCAGGGCCUGGGAUGGGCUGCUGGAUUGACUGGGGAGGUUUUACAGGCAAAAUUAAAUUGUUUUUCGUUUGGCUGAGUGGGGCCCAGUGCUGGGAGUUAGCAGCACUGAACAAUUUGGGGGAAAAGGGUGGCCUUGUGGAGGUUGUGAUUUAAAUCCAUGAUUGACUUACCAUACUUUUGUUAUUUGGGCUCAUUUGAAACUACUUUUGAUUCCUGACACCAGGACUUUGGGAGCCGCACUGAGCUGCUUUUGGUUUUCCAGUUACCCAACACUUUUUUGAGGCCAGUGAGCAAACCAGAGCAGAGGAGAAGGGUGAGGUGUUUUCCAGGAACUGGGCUUCACUCAGGAAUUGGAUGUUCUGGCCUUCUGGACAUGGUUACACAAGUGUUUUUUGCAGCAGGGAGGAUUAGGAAGAGAAUUGUAGCUCAGUGGAAUGUUUUGCUGACCAAGAAAAAGCCCAGAACAACACACAGUAGAAAGGGAGAAUAGGGUAUAAAGCCAAUUAUACCAAUUCCUGAGACUGCUUUGCACAACAAACAGACUAUAAGCUUGAAGAUAGUCCAUGAUUCAGGAGGAAGAUGAACCUGAAGUCGGAGCGCAGGGGGAUCCACGUGGAUCAGUCGGAGCUGCUGUGCAAGAAGGGCUGUGGUUACUAUGGCAAUCCUGCCUGGCAGGGCUUUUGCUCCAAGUGCUGGAGGGAGGAGUACCACAAGGCCAGGCAGAAGCAGAUCCAAGAGGACUGGGAGCUGGCAGAGCGGCUCCAGCGUGAGGAGGAAGAAGCCUAUGCCAGCAGCCAGAGCACCCAGGGGGCUCAGUCCCUGACCUUCUCAAAGUUUGAGGAGAAGAAAACCAACGAGAAAACAAGAAAGGUCACUACUGUGAAGAAGUUCUUCACUGCUUCCUCCAGAGCAGGAGCUAAGAAGGCAGAGAUCCAGGAGGCCAAGGCUCCCAGCCCUGCCAUCCACAGGCAGGCCAGCCUCGAGACAGACCGAGUGUCCAAGGAGUUCAUAGAAUUCAUCAGGACGUACCAGAAGCCUGGCCAGGAUAUCUACAAGCAAUGCAAACUCUUUCUGGACACCAUGAGUCAUAAAAGGGAUUUAAGCAUUGAGGAACAAUCUGAGUGUGCCCAGGACUUCUACCAAAAUGUAGCAGACAGGCUGCAGACACGUUGGAAAGUGCCCCCUGAAAAAGUGGAGAAGGCAAUGGAUGAGGUUGAGAAAUACAUCAUGACUCGCCAGUAUAAAUAUGUUUUUUGCCCUGAGACAACUGAUGAUGAGAAGAAAGACCUUGCUGUCCAAAAGAGGAUCAGGGCUCUGCACUGGGUCACUCCCCAGAUGCUCUGUGUUCCUGUCAGUGAGGAAAUCCCAGAAGUCUCUGACAUGGUUGUGAAGGCAAUUACAGACAUCAUCGAGAUGGACUCCAAGCGCGUCCCCCGGGACAAGCUGGCCUGCAUCACCAAGUGCAGCAAGCACAUCUUCAAUGCCAUCAAAACCACCAAGAACGAGCCGGCCUCGGCUGAUGACUUCCUGCCCACCCUGAUCUACAUCGUGCUGAAGGGGAACCCCCCUCGGCUGCAGUCCAACAUCCAGUACAUCACUCGCUUCUGCAACCCCAGCAGGCUCAUGACUGGCGAGGAUGGAUAUUACUUCACCAACCUGUGCUGUGCCGUGGCCUUCAUUGAAAAGCUGGAUGCUCAGUCCUUAAACCUGAGCCAGGAGGAUUUUGAUCGCUUCAUGACGGGCCAGACCUCCCCAAAAAAGCAGGAAUCUGACACUUUCUCCCCUGAUGUGUGCCUGGGGGUGAAGCAGAUGUGCAAAAGCUUAGACCUCCUCUCUCAGUUGAAUGAGAGACAGGAAAGAAUUGUCAGUGAAGCCAAGAAGCUGGAGAAGGACCUCAUCGAUUGGACUGAGGGCAUCACCAAGGAGGUGGAGGAUAUUGUGGAGAAAUAUCCCUUAGAAAUCAAACCAAAAAGCCAAGCCUUAGCAGCCAUUGACUCUGAAAACGUGGAGAAUGACAAGCUGCCCCCACCACUGCAGCCUCAGGUUUAUGCAGGAUAAUUUUUCCCAGCUAGCUGGGAAGGGAAGGAAAUUUAAGGCUUAAAAAAAAAAAAAAGAGCUUAAAUCAGUACAUUUUAAAGGUACUUUUGGUUUUUUGGGUUUUUUUCGUUUUUUGGUUAAGUGGAAUGAAUUGUAUUUAUUUUAGUCCAGUAGGUUUCUAUUAGGCUUUGGUGGGUUUUUUGAACUGAAUUUCGAUUUUCUACACAAACUGGUGUCAUUUUUAAGCAACACUAGUCCAUUGACAUCUCUCCUGAAAGUUCCCUUCUAAGCAUGCACUUAAUUGUUUUUAAUAAUUAGUUUAACUUGAAGCCAAGUUCCAGCAGAAAAAAAAAAUACCAAUGUUAGUCUGAACUUAUUCUGUAGCUGUAAAGAUGAAUUAUAUAUUGUAAAAUAUGUAAAAUUGUAAAUAGAUUUCAAAUCUAAUGUCCCAACUGUGCAUGAGCUCGUGUGUGAGUGAAAAUGAUCUCAAAAUAUUCAUUCUAGCACCUUUCAGUUCCAUCAUGUUGCAGUAAAAAGGCAAAAAUGCUGUUGGAGUUUGGAUAACCUGGAAGGGAGAAGUUGGAGUGCUUUGCAGACUUGAAAAAUCAUCUUAAUCUGCUUUGUUAAAAAAAAAAAAUUAUUUAAGAGAUGCCAUUUCUUCAUUUAAAUGCUCUGUCAGAACACCUGGCAGCCUUGAGUGGUGCCCAAAAGUGCUGAUUUUACUGCUUUGGGAGGGAAUGUGGGGCCAGAAAUGGAAAAUAUUUCAGGACUAAGAGGAAAUAUUUAUAUUAAAAACUGCAUAUUGUGGAACAGAAAAAGGGGAGGGGAAAGAGACCAUGAAAGAGUUGCUCCAAAAGUCUCUCUCUCUCCUGGUCACUUCCAUCAGUGGGAUAAAUUUUGGUUGCUUUUUUUGACAAUCCUGGGAAAUCAAUAAAUAAGUAAAUUCAUAUAAUUUGAGGUUGCUUUUUUGAAGGAGCAGAAAAAUGCACUUUAUUUCCAUGAAACAUCAACGCUGUGCUCUUCAGUGACCCCUUCAGCACCUUGAACAGCCAGCUAAAAAUGGCUUUUUGUGUCCCUGAAAGUCACCAAAAUCCAGGUUGGGGUGGGAAAGAGGAGCUCACCCCACAAAAACAACCUUUUACAACAGAACUUUGAAACUUUUUCUGUCCUUUUGAAAUCCCUUCCAGCUCCAUGCAGGCCUGCCCUGAGAUCCAAACACAAAGCUCAGCUGGAGCUGCUUUAAGCCAAGUUUAACUCCUGCCAUGAGGAGGAGAGCACAAAGCUGGUGCUUCAUUCCCGCUCCACCCAGGCACUGCUGCUCAGUUUGCACUGCAAUAACUUCAGACCACGACUGUGAUUUCCCCUUUCUCUGGCAGUUUUUGGCUUUUUUUGGGAACUAUGCACCACCCCUGGUGUUCAGAGAAGAAGCUGCAGCACUGGGGUGCUCACAACAACACAAAAAAAAAUCAAAUUAUUCCGUGUGUCACCACCCAAAAUGCUUAGUGAAUAAUCCUGGGAUUUAUUUUGUUUAUUUGGGUGCUGAUUCUGAGCUCCAGUUUGUCCCGAGGGAGGGCUGGGGGAAGCAAACUUGCAGCUGUUGUGUAAAUGAGAGUGUUUAAAUAAUAAAGUUCUGCCCGUUCCUGA